AAUCCUCUCGACAGAGGCAUGAGGCGGGUGAUGUGUAACAGAGAGAACGAGAGAGUGAGAGAAGAGAGCGAGACCAUGUGUACGAGAGGGUGAUGGGAGACAGAGUGACAGUGAGAGAGAAAGACACUCCACAUUGAGACAGAGGAUUGCAGGGAAGGAAGGGAGGGGUGGCGGUAGAAUCCCUCAUUCCAAUAGAACAGGAGAAGAGAACCGAGACGGCACAAGGGAGGCAUUCUUGCAAGCACAAGUGAACCAGCGAUCAGGCUAGCAAUCAAAGCACAUUUACCAGAUAAGGAAAUAGGGAGGGAGGAGAGCGAAAGAGAGAGGUCUGAAGGGGGGAAUGUGGCAUGCUUACGUAGUUUGACAGAGAUCGAGUGAGAGAGUGAACCAGAGAGAGUGAGGGAGUGCUGAAAGGAGAGGGAGGAACAAGGAGCGAGACCUAGAGAGAAAUAGGUAAUCAGAGAGACUGAGCUCAGAACACAAACAUAAGGAGAGGGGAAAGGAGGGAGCAAGGAGAGAGAAAGAGCAAAGAGAGGGAGAGAAGAGAGAGAUGAUGGUUUUCCAGGAGGAUAGCCACUCAUCCCUGCUCUCUGCGGCAGACAUGACUCCAGGCGGAGGACUCUGCUGGAAUUAGCCAGAGGGACGAUAGAGGACAGCAGGUCUGCAGCACCACUGCCUAAGUGUAUGCAGCAAGGCAGCUGAUUGAGUGUGUGUGCCGGCGUUUAUUUUGCCUUUUUUUUACUGUUUCUUGUAGUGAUUGGGGGUGGAGGAGCCAACGCUUCUCAUGACAAUGAAUUUCAGUAAGCAAUACAGUGCAUGGCAGGAGCUUUAUGUGCAAAUGUGUCUUUACAUCAUAGUGUAGUAAAUAUAGGGAGGAUUCAGGCAGUGACAGUCGGUCCUCGAGUUUGAGCGUGUGUGUGUGUGUGUGUGUGUGUGGAGGUGAGCAGAGGAGGGGUCAGCUGGGUGCAGUGUGUUGGGUUAGAGGAGGCAGGGUACAGAGAAGGUACUGAACACAAUGCAAGGACAAGAGCUUCACACCGAUGGGAGGGAGUGCAUCUGAGGUACCAGGACAGCCCUGGGGGUAGGGUGGAGGACAGAGCGAGAGUGGGCAGGGAAGAGCGGGAGUGAGGGGGAGGAGGGAGAGAGAGAGCAAGAUCAUGGCUGUCACAUACAGUAAGCUAUAGCAUAGAUCUGAGUGGUGCAGCAGGGGGAAGACAAGCUUCACUACACAGGGAGGGGGAGGGAGGGAGGGAGAGAAGAGGAGAGGCAGAAGGCAUCACUCCUCUGCCAGGAAGAGCAGAGCACAACGGGACCGGACCGAGGGAGGGCACACACGUUCACCCCCACACUGUCACUCCCAUAGAGAACCAUCGGCCAGGUCAACGAGUAGAGGUCAGAAGAAGCUGGUGUGGGACGGGGGCGGAUGCGCCCCCUCUGGCUGGGGACCGUCAGGAGCGCUGAGCCCAGGAGGAGGGGGAGGAGGAGCGGGAGGAAGAGGGGGAGAGCCCCGGAGACCCGGUUCCUCCUUAGGCUGAACCUGUCUUUCAAUGACCAUGGGGGAGUGGACCAUUCUGGAGCGGCUGCUCGAGGCUGCUGUCCAGCAACAUUCUACCAUGAUUGGGAGGAUCCUGCUGACUGUAGUAGUGAUCUUCCGUAUUUUGAUAGUAGGUAUAGUGGGUGAAAAGGUCUAUGAGGACGAGCAGAUAAUGUUCAUCUGCAACACUAUGCAGCCGGGCUGCAACCAGGCCUGCUAUGACAAGGCCUUCCCCAUAUCCCACAUCCGCUUCUGGGUCUUCCAGAUCAUCUUGGUGUGUACGCCCAGCCUGUGCUUCAUCACCUACUCUGUGCACCAGUCCGCCAAGCAGCGUGACCGCAGUUACUCCAUGCUGCACCCCUACAUAGACCARGGUCARGCAAGUCACCACYGUCGRGGAGGCGARCACCACGCCCGCAAGCUGCGCAACAUCAACGGUAUCCUGGUGCAGAACCCCGACAGCGGCAAGGAGGAGCAGGACCUGGAGGUCAAGGAGAUCCCAAAUGUACCCCGGGGGCUCACGCAGGCCAAGAGCGCCAAGGUGCGGCGGCAGGAGGGCAUCUCCCGCUUCUACGUCAUCCAGGUGGUGUUUCGUAACGUGCUGGAGAUCGGCUUCCUGGCAGGCCAGUACUUCCUGUAUGGCUUCAACGUGCCAGGGAUGUUUGAGUGUGACCGCUACCCCUGUGUGAAGGAGGUGGAGUGUUACGUGUCCCGCCCCACAGAGAAGACGGUGUUCCUGAUCUUCAUGUUUGCGGUGAGCGGCAUUUGUGUGCUGCUCAACCUGGCCGAGCUCAACCACCUGGGCUGGAGGAAGAUCAAGACGGCCGUCAGGGGUGUUCAGGCCCGCAGGAAGUCCAUCUGUGAGGUGCGUAAGAAGGACGUAUCGCAUGUGUCCCAGGCCCCCAACCUGGGCAGGACCCAGUCCAGUGAGUCAGCCUAUGUCUGACAGAGGCUCCUCCACAUGGGGGGACCUGGACCUCUGGACCGAGCACAGAUUUCUCUGGGGAGGACGAACACUCAACCCAGCUCCCCCCACCCUGAGGGGCACUAACUUAACACUGCAACAUUAUUCAGGGGUGCAGAGGGACUUCACAUGGCCAUACUGGAGGAUUAUUGGAGAGAAGAGCUUUUUGGACUCUACAGGAGAGAGAAAUGGCAGUUGAGGUGGCAGUUGAGAUGGCAGUUGAGGUACUAACUAAAGUUAGAUUUAAACUGUUGGGAGAGUUGUGCCUUCCAAGAGAACACACUGGAUAAAGAGGAGAUGGAACUAAUUACUGUAAGAAUAUGAAUUAAUGAUAGUUCAAAUUAAGAAAUAAGUCUCACAUAAAAUGUAUUAUCUUUGCCUUUGUGAGAGGUCAAACGUUGUCCCUUCAUUUAUUUAAGUAUGUGUGCAUAUGCAAGAACGUAUGUGUGAGCAUGCAUGCUCAUGUGUGUGUGUGUGUGUGUGCGCAAGAGAUAAGGCAGUGUGUAUGUCCUUUGUUCUGCAGAGUCAGAGCAGAGACGAUGGGUGAAGUUGAGUUGCUGAGGGAAUGGAAACAUUCCUUCUUUCCGUUAUUUUCCUUCCCUGCGGCAGCUCCACUACAAGGAGGAGCCAAGCAGAGGAGAUGCACCUUUUAUCAUCCCCUUAGAAACCCAGAAAAUAAUGCUUUAAAAUGUUUUAAAAAAUCAACACCAAAACUAUACCUCAGCACAAACUGGAACCCCUGUCCCCCCGUCCCCCCUCCCUGCACUAGCAUUCCUCCCAUAGCCCCCCCGUCCCCCCGUCCCCGUCCCCCCAUCGCUGUAUUAUGCAUUAUUUUAUAAGACUGACUACAGUAUGAAGCACUAAAGGAAUUAAUGGAAUUCCAACAAGCCCUUCUUUUUCCAUUACACAGGAAACAGAAGUAUUUACUCACAGAACAUUUUAACGUUUAACCCACAACUUUUUGCUUUACUAUCGAAUUUGGUGCCAUAUUUCCAAGUUACUGUAAAUAAUUGAAUGUAAUAAUAAUUGCAUAAAGCCAGCUUAUUCCCCUAUGAGGCAUGGGUGGGUGGGGGAAUGGCGGUGUUGGGUUGGGUGCUGGGAUUUGGGUGGUGCUGGAGAUUAAUCAUAGAUUGCCAGCUUUAAGCAUAUAUCAUAUUAAUGUGCUCUUUGUUAAGCUUUUGUUCUAUAAUGGAAAUUGUAAGUUCCAAAAAAGUAUUUUCCCUCCUAUGGACUUUGAAAAAGGCAUGUUACUGAAGCAUUAAUAGAAUGGAUAGAUUGUGUUAUGACAUGUAAUAAAAAAAGAGACUGUUUCAUUUAUUUGCAUCCUGCUCCUGUGACAUGUAAUAAUCAGCAUGUGUUAAGAUUAAAAAUGAUAUGAGAUGUGAACAUGGCACCCUGUAAUGGGGAUAUGGGGAGCGAAUAUUGGAAAGGCUCCAGAAUUGCAGCAAUAAUAUUAAUAAUAUAUUGCAGAAAAAAAUAAAUGA